AUGAAAGAAAUCAGUGAGCGUCAAUUGCCUUGUGAUGUACAGACGGAUGCUAUUGACCUGGAGUCAAUACGCGCAUUUUUCAAUGAGAAGGAGAAAGAGCUAUCGGUGGCGGUGGCAAAGGUGGAAGAGCUGACGCGGCAAUUGGAAGAACUGCGAAGAGGAAGGGUGCAACCUGCACCACCAUCUGCCCAGGAGCUCGAUAAACUACUUCGGGAGCUUAUGUAUCGCAAUAAGCUGAACGAGCAACAGAACAUAAGGCUGUUAGCCCAGCGGGCGGCACUGGGUGCCCGGCAGGAAGAGAUGCGUAGCAUCGACCGACGCGUCUCCGAGCUGCAGGCACGCCUCUUGAGGAAACGGGCCGCACCAGUAGUUCAAUAG